UGAUGAUUGGCUUCUUACGUCUGUCGGUCAAGCUUGCACAAGGUUGGUUGUAAUGCCGUGAAAGUUGAUAUGUCCUGUCAAAAGUCAGCGAUCAGCUGAGUCUGUACGGGAUAAUGAAAUAGCGACAAGGUCACCAUGCAGUUCCUGGGCCGUAUCCUCAACACGGUGAGCUCCGUGUCGACUCUGUUCUCCAACCCGUACCGUGUGAGGGAUGUGCAGAUGUCGGAUUAUAAUGGCAAAGUGCUACUGAAACAGGAGGGCAGGCUGGUCCUGUACAAGAACCAACAGAGCCAUUCAUGGGACUGCCUGCUUCUCUGCCCCGAGUCUCCAUCUGUGGCUCUAAGGAUGUUCCAGGUAGCUUCAGAGGAAGACGCCAUGAAUUGGUUUCCUCAGUACGCCCUCAAACUCCGCCCAUUUUACGAGAUGCUCCGCCCACCGCUGAAACCUGAAAUGUUCCAGCCAAUCGUGGACUGCGUGCGGAAUCACCCCGACUGGAGCUCAGCUCACGUCGCCGUGGAUACUGGGCUGAGAGACUGUCUCAAACACAAUUACGUUUUGAGUCAGAUGAACGCCCGUGACGCCCAGGGUCAGACCCCGCUGCACCUGGCGUGCGAGAGAGGAGAUGUGGGCUGCGUGCGCGAGCUCCUGGAUGAGUGUCAGGCUCGCACGGACAUCAAGGACAAGAACGGAGAGACGCCCAUGCACUGUGCUGCUAAACAAGACUCCGCUGUUAUUAUAGAGGUUUUGUGUGCACGGAUGUGCGCGGGUGUGAAUGAGUUGAACGCCGCCGGGGAAACACCAAUGCACAUCGCAUGCCGUCUCGGGAAGGUCGAGGUGGUCAAGGGCCUGCUGGGGGGCGGAGCCUGCUGUGACAUCAUGGGAAGCAAUGGCUAUCCAAUCCACACCGCCAUGAAGUUUAGUGAGAAAAGUUGUGCUGAAGCAAUUUUAAACACCAACCCAAAUCAACUUCUGGCGGAGGAUCCGAUUUACGGCGGAACACCUCUUCACUGGGCCAAGACCACCGAGAUGAGCCGUGUGCUGCUGGACCGAGGAUGUAGCGUCAACUACCUGAGUAAGACUGGAGAGAGUCCGUUACACAUCCUGACCAAGAGGGGGCGCUUUGAGGCCACAAUGACACUGCUGACCCAUGGAGCCGACCCCAACAUCAAGGGUCAGGAUGGAAACACAGCACUGCACCUCGCUAUGAAGUUGGACCACAUGGACCUGAUCAAAGCUCUCAUGGUGUUUGGAGCAGAUGUGGAGGUUCACAAUGAUCUGGGAGAGACACCGGGACUCAUCGCUGCUCGUACCAGCAAGGGGCCCAACCGUAAGGUGCUCUUGAACAUGCUGUGUAGUGUAGGGGCCGAGCGGUGCCACCCCUCCUCCCUCAACAGCCCAGUCCUCAGUGUCAACAAAGCUCCGCCUCCUGGCAUAGGGUUUGAUGACAUCAUGAAUGUGGCAGUAGCUGUCAUGGCCAUGAGACGUGGAUUUGCAGAGGUUGAUGGGCUCAACACAGGAAGCAAGAAAAUGGACCGAUUGCUUUGUCUAGAUGGUGGAGGAAUAAAAGGACUGAUUCUGAUCCAGAUGUUGAUCACUUUGGAGAAGGAGGCAGGACGGCCCAUCAGGGAACUCUUUGACUGGGUGUCUGGGACUAGCACUGGCGGCAUACUGGCCCUAGCAAUUGUACAUGGUAAAUCGAUAGAGUAUCUGCGCUGUCUGUACUUCAGGAUGAAGGAACAGGUAUUUAAAGGUUCUCGACCAUAUGAGUCUGGCCCUCUGGAGGAAUUUCUCAAGAAUGAGUUCGGAGAAAAUACCAAGAUGACGGACGUCGCACACCCCAGAGUGAUGGUGACUAGCGUUCUUGCAGACAGACACCCUGGAGAACUGCAUCUGUUUCGUAAUUACGACCCACCAGCCCUGCAAAGAGACACUCCGUACACAUCUACAGCCACAUUUCAACCCCUUUCGGUCCCGCAGGGAUGGGAGGAUGAAGAUCUUUUGGUAGUAGGAUAUACUCUACCUCCCAGAAAGCGUAGGAAGGUGACGGAUGAAGAGCAAUUAGUUUGGCGUGCUGCCCGCUCCAGUGGAGCUGCUCCUACGUACUUUCGACCAAUGGGCCGUUUCCUGGAUGGAGGGCUGCUGGCCAAUAACCCAACGCUAGAUGCCAUGACAGAAAUACACCAGUACAACAAAGCCCUGAAGGCACAGGGCCGUGAAUCAGAGGUUUGCAGGUUAGGUGUGGUCGUCUCAUUGGGCACCGGUAGACCUCCUCAGGUGACGGUGAACUCGGUGGACGUUUUCAGGCCUUCGAAUCCUCUGGAGCUGGCCAAGACCUUUGCUGGUGUCAGAGAAUUGGGCAAGAUGCUUGUGGACUGUUGUACAGACUCGGAUGGGUGUGCAGUGGACCGAGCACGAGCCUGGUGUGAGAUGGCCGAUAUAAACUACCACAGGUUGAGUCCUCAGCUGUCUCAGGAGGUGAUGCUGGAUGAGAUCAGUGACGCUGUGUUAGUUAACAUGCUGUGGGAGACUCAGAUGUACCUGUACGAGCACAGAGAUGUCAUACAGACCCUCAGCCAGCAGCUGCUGCAGCUCUGACAACAGCGUUUGGCGGCUUAAUAUACAGAAAUGAUUUAUCUUUUACAAAGAAAUCUAUCUGUUUACAUUGGUGUGUGUAUGUUGUUCUGACAUGUUCCAUUUAUUUAAAGUCAAAAUAUUUAUAAAAAUGUAUAUUUAAUUAUAAAAUGCUCUUCCCAUAUGUUGUAAAUGCCAAAUUGGUCCAAGGUUAAUUUAGUAUAACGACAUACGUGAAGGAUUCAGAGUGUCCUUUUAUAGGAAAUACCACUACCCAAUCCAAUAUUUGAACUGUGAGUUAUUUUUAUAUCGCAAUAAAUUUAAUGUAUGCUAAAUUGUUCAGUUAUCAUGUUCUAUGUUUGACAUUUGCAUUGAGGUGAACUAAAAAGGAAGCAAUGUUUUCAUUCAUUGUUUAUCAGUAUAUGCAUUAAUUGUGUGACAUUUAUAGAGAAAUUGACACUUUUCUUUCUAGAAUUUUCUUAUGAGAGUCAUGGGUCACCAUAUAGCCAUUGUGAUCAAAUACAGAGUACUUCCUUGCAUUUACUAUUUGUUAUGCAUUUAUCUAUACACUUGGAAAUGAUCUUCAUUGCAUUUCUGUGUGCUGUCUUUCAUUUGUUAUUUGCCUUGGGGUUUUUUUGCACAAUCUUUAAUCUGUAACCUUUCAUACUUAAAUAUUUUUAAGCUGCAACUGAUCAAUUCUCUGUCUGUGAAGUGUAGAAAUUAUGAACUAAGAUCAUUUAUAAUAUACUGACGUUUUUAACAACAAAUAUGCAUCAAGUAUAACUUGAAAACCUCUUGUAUUUCUCAUUAGCCUUGUUGUAUUUGCGUU